AUGCACAUAAUAGAUACUAACGAUGUUACUGCAGCCGAGGAUACCAACGUCUCGGUAUGCCCUCGACCUCAGCUCAUCGAGAGGUGGAAGAAUACACUGCUCAACUUGACUGAGGUCGAUAACGAUGACAUGGACUUCCUUUCGUUCUGGAGAGCUAUCGAUAGAGCUGGGGAUGUGGAGGAGACUAGUGGCGACGUCAUUCUAGAUGGCAUCCGCAUCUUCCGAGAUCGAGUGUUGGAUGCAUGCCAAGCCUCACGACCAGAGGUAGAUGGAGUUAGGGCUGGUGAGGUAAGUGGUAUAGUGGCUGAGGUGAAGAGGCAGUGUGACAAUGAAGAAGCUGCCAAUUACUGGGAUAACGUAUUGGCGGCGAUGCCGGAAGACCCAGCACAGCUGCUUACUACGGGGGAGAUAUCUGAUGCCAUCUAUAUGUUCCUGAGAGACUAUAUGGAGGAACAAAAGUCUACUCAUGAUUCCAAUUCCAGUAAUGCUAGCACGCCAAUUCUGAGCGAGCGUAAGAGGCGACGACGAUCAGGAAGGGGGUCUACUCCUCCCUCGGGGGCCUUGGUACAUUCCCUUAGUCAAAAGGCUCUGCGGACUCACGAACAACAGAUGUUGAUGCGAAUGAGUAUCCCUGGGGCCUUGCAGGACAUGGGUUGGCAACGCAAUAUAACUGAGUCACUAGAAAAGCAAGAGAGGCAAACGCAGGAGCUGACAUCGAUUAUUAACCAACUCAAAGAGACUAUUGAGAAAGAUCAAGCCCCUUCUUCCCCUCGUGCUGCUGUGGUCGAGGCCAUGGACAGGCCGUGCUGGUGGAGGUGUCUGCGUACUAUGCUCUACAAAGGGGACUCCAAGACCUGCUCCCUGGCCCCUGAUGCUUGCUUCCAACAAUGA